AAAAAUAAUUGUGUGAAUAGAUAUAUUGUUUAUUAAAACCAUGUCUGCAGAUGAAGAUACCGAGCUUAGGGAUUUAGUAGCCCAAACUCUAGAAACAAAUGGGACACUUGGCAAAUUGAGGGCACAAUUGAGGGCAAGUGUUUUUUUAGCUCUAGAAGAUCAAGAAAAUGGUCAGAGCAAAGCUCCCUUUCUUAACAAGAACUUAAGAAACUUCCUGUCAACAAAAGAAGGAAUGUUGGUCACAAGUCUGGUGCAGGAGUUUUUGGAAUUCUUCAAUCUAGAGUUUACAUUAGCUGUAUUUAAACCAGAAACAGGGCUUGUAGAAUCAGAAAAGAGAAGUGAGUUAUUGAAAGCACUGGGCAUACAGCCAUCAAACAUCCCACCCAACACACCGCUACUCUCUGCCUUAGUACACAGUCAACAUUCAUCAUCAGGUGCAGGGGAUGCUGUGUACAUCUCAAAGGCAAGAUCACACAGGGACUUGACUGAAAAACAAAUUGAAGAAGCCAGAAAAAAAUUUGAUUAUUAUGAUAAAGAUGGCAGUGGUGCUAUAGAGAAAGGAGAGCUUAGAGAACUGUUUCUGGAUAUGUUUCCCAGUUUUCACCGCAAUAUGCUGGAGCGCUAUGUCAAUGAUGAAUUUGCUGCAGUGGACAGAAACUUUAGUAACUCUCUAUAUUCACUGACACCAAAAGCCAUAGACUUUGAUGAAUUCCUGGGCAUGUACAAACGUUUAUUCUUGCUGUGCCGAACUGUGGUGUCAGAUGAUGUGGCAGGUAUCAUCACACCAUCCCAAAAACCAGAUGUCAAGUUACCAAAGCAAAGUGACAGCAGUGAUCAUGAGAGCAGGAAGUCCCCUCCCCCAGACAACGGCACAUCAAACCCACUGAAUGAUGGGAGUGACAUAGAAGAAGAUUCUUUUUUUGAUGACCACCCACCUGCAGCGGUCAGCUUUAGUACCUUGUCCAGUUUUAUCUCCGAGAGAUCCAGAUCCACAUUUUUAAGUGUUCCAGCUGAGAGUGUGAGCGCCGCCGUCACCAGACAGGCCAACCCCUACCAGCCCCCUCACAGGUCCCAGCAGCAGAGUGAACUAGAGAAGAACCGUGACUUCCACACAGAUACAAAGCUGAAUGGGGAAUCUGAGAAGGGAAAGAAGUCUGGCAGUGGUUUGAGCUCACUGAAUGGCCUCCCUUCACUCGGAGCAGGGCGAGCUUCAUUAGCAGGAGCUCCACCCUUAACUAGACCCAAGUCUCCUGAAAAUGAUUCACGGAUGAAUGAUUCAGAUCUAGACAAAAACCUGAGAGAAGUUGACAAAAGGAUUGUAGAACUGGGACUUGAUUCUCAAAAUGAUGAAUUUGAAUAUGAAGACGAUUUUAGCGACAUGAGCCAAAAAAGCCCAAGAAAUGUCAGAAUAGACAACAAGCCAGAGAAUGGCAGUGUAGCAGAGGAGAUUGAUGAUGAGGAAAUAGCAGAGGAUAUUUCUGUAGAAGCUGAUGACUUAAUGCGCAGUGAGAAAAGUGGUUUUGAUGACCUGACAACAGAUCGCAGCAUCUCUCAAAUAGACGGAGGCUUUGAUUACAUGGAAGAUCCAAUAUUGCCUUAACCCCAGCCAUUGUUUACUGCCCUAUCACCCUCAUCUGAAGACGUACUCUCAGCUAGAUUUAUCAGCAAUAAGAAAUCAACUAAGUUGGUUGAAAGCUGUUUAUUUGUCUGCACAUUACAGCUUUGCCUGUUAUGAUAAACCUCUAACAAUUAUAAGAAGUUAGUUUUAAUUACCACUAAGAUCAAAAUGAACGAUAAUAGCUUCUGUAUAGUUUGUACAAAUGCUUGCGAUCUUCUAGUAAAUUUUAAGCUUGAAUUACCCAUUGAAAUUUUAACCCUGUUUGUUUGAUUUUAAAUCCAGAGUAGUAUUAACAUUCAGUAAUUGAUUUAGUAUUAAAUGUUAGAUAUAUUAGCAGCUAUUUGGAUGGGAAUGUAGCAAAGUAUGUUUAGCCAGUAAUGAGCAGUAAAUAAGUAAUUAGGUUUUAAAAAUCAGUUUAAACAGUCAUUUAGUACAAAUACUGUUUCAAUAUUUAUCCACUUGUCUCAUAACUUUUAAAAAAACUUAACCUUUAACCUUUAAUUUAUUUCAUAUAAUAACUAUGCUAUUUAAUACUUUUUAAAUAGAUCAGUUAGAAUUUCUAUUUUAUAUUUCAUAUAUUUUUAUUCUUUACAUAAUCACAUUUUAAAAAGAGCAAGUUUAAUGUGUUUCAUCAACACCCAAGACUUAACAAAAUGACACCAUUAUGAAUUAAAUGACGCAAUAUAAAAAGCAAACUCCUUAACUUGUUAUGAUUUGCCAAGGGAAGGUUAGACUUUUUAAAAUCUGAAUUCAGUUAACUUUAUUCAAGUUAAAGUAUGUUUAUGCAGUUACAGCUAAAUAGUAAAAUAGACUUGUCUCAAGUGUUUUCAGUUAUUUUCAUCCCAUUAACUUAUGUUAAAAUAUUUUUUUAAUAGCUAUUACUAUUAUGAAAUAUUUUUUUUUACUGUACUUAUUUUUUUAUUUUUCUAAUUUAAAAUAUUUAUGUAUGUAAAAAGUAUUAUCAAUAAUUUUUUUUUUGCUUAACUGCAGCCAAACAAAAGUGCACGCUCAGUGUAGGAAAAAAUUACUUGUUAGGCAUCGAUUAAGUUUAUAUAAUAUUUCAUUUACUUGUUAUAUUUGUAAUACUGUCUUAUUCCUUUUUCUUUCUAUUGUUAAUCAAUAUUACCAUAUUUAAUUUAGCAUUCCUUCAAAUCAACUUAAAACUUUAAAAACUAAUUUACUAAAUAUUUAGGAUCUGUAGCAACCAGUUCAUCACAAAACAUUUAGGAUAUGUAGCAACCAGUUCAUCACAAAACAUUUAGGAUCUGUAGCAACCAGUUCAUCACAAAACAUUUAGGAUCUGUAGCAACCAGUUCAUCACAAAACAUUUAGGAUCUGUAGCAACCAGUUCAUCACAAAACAUUUAGGAUCUGUAGCAACCAGUUCAUCACAAAACAUUUAGGAUCUGUAGCAACCAGUUCAUCACAAAACAUUUAGGAUCUGUAGCAACCAGUUCAUCACAAAACAUUUAGGAUCUGUAGCAACCAGUUCAUCACAAAACAUUUAGGAUCUGUAGCAACCAGUUCAUCACAAAACCUUUAGGAUCUGUUAUAACCAAUUGAUCUAACUAGAUCUGUAGCCAAUUAGUUUGAUUUUAACUAAUUUAUAUCAAAGAGUUUAAUGUUUUUUAAAUGUGAAUGUUGACAAAUAGGGCUUGAUUUUCUUAUAUCCUUAAAGUCGAGAAACAUUUUGCACAAAUUUUCUUGUGCAACUUUUUUUCUUUAAUCUUUCCAACAAUUUAAAAAAAGUACAUUUGCUCAUGUUGAUUCAUUAGGUUACAAACUCAGCAUAGCUGAUCAACUUUUGAAGACCAUCUCCAUAUAAAACAAUUCACCAACACUUUGCAUAUUGCAAUUGUAAGCAUUGACAAGGUAUCUUCAACAUCACUAUGAAUAUUUUUAUUUAUUUAAAAUGUCUGUACAUUUUCCUGUGUAAAAUACAGUGCGUUUUUUUUUUGUGUUAAAAAUUACCAUAAACAGAUUUAAUGAUAAUGCUAUUAGUACUAACAUUUAUGUAGGGUAAGCAAGUCUAAAAACUUUUGUACUGGUAGAAAUUGUUAAUACCAAUGGUUGUUAUUGAAAACAUUCCAUAACUUUGUCCAUUGAAACAGUAAAAAUGUUCAAAUUUACAGAAAGUAGAUAGUUUGUUUAUAAACUACUAGCAAUUUCUUUCUUUUAGCAAGUUUUUGUUAUGACUUGUUAUUUUCUUAUCCUAGUGAACAAGAAAAAUAGUUUUUUUAUUGCUGUUUUGAAAACCGUAGUAGUAUUCUAUGCCGUCCAAAAAAAUCUUAUUGUAAAUAACUGCAUGAUAUAUAAAACAAGCAAAAGUCAAAAAUUUUAGACAGGGUACAUUGAUUUGCUCAAUGCUGAAUAUUUAUCUUGCAUGAAUGAAUGAAAGACUAAACAAGAGAAAAUCUUUGUUUCUACUUAACUGACUUUACUUGGUCCUUUGAAAUAACUCAUUUUAUAACUUGUAUGUAUAUAAUAAACCAAACCUAAUUAAAAAGUAUU